AUGCCUCCGGAACCUACCUUGAUGCCCUUUCCUAUCGAACGUUCAACACCAACCCAUAGGGAAUCUCCCAAGGAGGCAAGCAAGGAAGUUUCAGAGGAAAAUGAUAAAAGAAAAAGGAAGGAAGAAAGUGUAUCGGACCCUCAAAUUAUUCCAACACCGGCACCAUAUCCUAAUCGUUUGAAGGCUUUGGCGAAACCGAAUUACAAUGCGGAGUUGCAUGAGUUAUUCAAUCAGGUGAAGAUCAACAUUUCUCUUAUGGAUGCAGUAAAGCAGAUUCCGUCAUAUGCUAAGUUUCUUAAAGAUCUAUGCGCGGAAACUAAAUUGGAUUUUGUAAUUCUUGAUACAAAUUCGACUGGCUCUUCUGCUGCUUCUACUCCAGUGAUUCCUAGAAGAUCCUUUCUAGCCACAGCAGAUGCAGUUAUCAACUGUCGAAACGGACUUCUUAAUAUGACAUUCGGUAACAUGAAGAUGGAGGUCAAUAUUUUUAAUGUGGGCAGUCAAAUGGGGGAUGACGAGAACAUACAUGAAGUAAGCCUUAUUGAUACCCUUGUAGAAGAACACGUGGACGAAUUGCUCUAUAGUGAUCCUUUGGAAGUUGCUCUUACAGCCGAAGAGGCCGAAUUUCUCAAAUCUUUCGAGGUCAAUUAUCUAUAUUCAUUGCUCAAAGAUGAGGAUGAAGUGUGUGCUAUGAAUUCUUGGAUUCCAAAGUUUGAAGAAUUUGAAGAGCUUCCCCCAAUAGAGAAGAAAGUCCUCCCAUCUAGCGUUGAGCCACCAAAAUUGGAGUUGAAACCUUUGCCUGACACUUUGAAGCAUGUUUUCCUUGGAGACAAUGAGACCUAUCCUGUGGUUAUUUCCUCCUCUCUUGGGAAUCUCCGAGAGACGAAGUUGAUUAAUUUAUUAAGGAGACACAUGAAGGCUAUAGGAUGGACCAUUGCGGAUAUCAAAGUAAUCAAUUCUACUUUCUACUCUCACCAUAUUGCUUUGGAAGAUAAUAUCAAGCCAUCUCACCAACCCCAACACCGCUUUAACCCUAUUAUGAAGGAUGUAGUUCGUGCUGAGGUCUUAAAGCUCUUGGAUGUUGGGAUCAUUUAUCCCAUCGUCGAUAGUAAAUGGGUGAGCCCGAUUCAAGUUGUACCAAAGAAAUUCGGGGUUAAAGUUAUGCGUAAUGAGGAGAAUGAGCUAGUGCCAACACGUGUUCAGAAGGGAUGGAGAGUUUGUAUUGAUUAUCGGAAGCUCAACGCAAGCACAAGAAAGGAUCAUUUCCCUUUGCCGUUUAUCGAUCAGAUUUUGGAAAGGAUAGCCGGGCAUGCAUUCUAUUGUUUCUUAGAUGGUUAUUCCGGGUAUAAUUAG